AUGAUAUCUAUAACCAGUGGUUUUGCUGUAAAUUCAAGGAAAAAAAAAACAAUAAGUUUUUCUUUUGUAUCAGAUUGUUCUAUUAUUUUUUUAAACACAAAGAACUCUAUGGAGACGACCAAGAUUGGUUCAUUCGAUCGUAUCAGUGAGCUUAAAGCUUUCGACGAGACGAAGACAGGUGUGAAAGGACUCGUCGACGCCGGAAUAACACAGCUUCCACGCAUCUUCCACGACUCACCUUCCAACUUAGCAAACCCCAAGCCGCCUUCCUCUGACUUGCUACAUCUCACGACCAUCCCAACGAUAGAUCUCGAAGGACGAGUCUUCGAGGACGAGACUAAGCGAAAGAAUACGGUUGAUGGGAUUAGAGACGCAGCAGAGAAGUGGGGUUUCUUCCAGGUGGUCAACCAUGGCGUUCCCCUCGAUCUUUUGGAGAGGAUGAAAGAUGGAGUUCGAAGGUUUAACGAGCAAGCCCCUGAAGUGAAGAAACAAUACUACAGCCGAGAUUUUAGGAGAGAGUUUGUGUAUACAAGUAACUUCGAUCUCUACACUUCAUCAGCUGCAUGUUGGAGAGACACUUUCUCUUGUUACAUGGCUCCAAAUCCUCCCAAACCACAAGAUCUGCCAGCGAUCUGUAGGGAUGUAAUGUUGGAAUACUCAAAGCAAGCGAUGAGUUUGGGAGAGUUUCUGUUUGAGCUUAUAUCAGAAGCUCUAGGCUUGAACCCUAAUCACCUCAAGGACAUUGAUUGCUCCAAGGGCUUGCGCAUGCUCUGCCAUUACUACCCACCCUGUCCUGAGCCUGACCUAACUUUAGGCACCACUAAACACAGCGACAUCGCUUUUCUUACUGUCCUCCUUCCAGAUCAGAUCGAAGGGCUUCAAGUUCUCCGUGAAGGGUACUGGUUCGAUGUUCCUCCUGUUCCCGGUGCACUCAUCAUCAACGUCGGAGACCUUCUGCAGCUUGUAACAAACGACAAGUUCAUCAGUUCAGAACACAGAGUGUUGGCAAACAGAGCUACAAAAGCUAGAGUCUCGGUCGGCUGUUUCUUCACAACCGGCAUUAGACCGAAUCCUAGAAUAUACGGACCAAUUAGAGAGCUUGUGUCUGAAAAUAACCCUCCGAAGUACAGAGAGAUCACCGUUAAGGAGUUGGCUGCUCACCGCGAUGCCAAAGGACUUGACGGAUCUAAUUUGCUCCAUUUUAAAAUAUGAGGAGAACAUGGUGAGCUUACUAUUUUUUUUAUUCAACAUGGAUAUGUAAAUCAUGUCUACGUUUGUAGAUUAUAAUUACUUUUGAGAAAAUUAUCAAAAGAGUGCUGAGGAAGGUUUAUAAACAUCACUGUUUAUACUUUUUACUCUAAAAAAAAAAAAUCUUAUGAAGUUCAAUAAAA